AAACAAAUGGCAGGUUUUAUCUUCUUCAAUCGGCACUGAGACAGGCACAGUUAAAGCAAGAGACAUUUCAUUGAGGAAGAUAUUGGCGGACAUGGCAACCUUGGAUUCUCCAAAUGCCGACGGUGAUGUUGAAACUAACACUGACCCAAAUCCCAAUUCUUCAACAGCAAUAAUACCAUCUCCCUUCAAUUCCCCUGCCGUUUGCUUAUUCCAGAGCGCCGGAGACGCCGCCGCUGGCGCCUUCACGGGAUCCAUAUUCGGCUAUGGUUGGGGAUUGUUUAAGAAGAAGGGCUUUAAAGGAUCCUUUGUUGAGGCAGGAUCACAUGCCAAGACAUUCGCAGUUAUGUCUGGUGUACACAGUUUGGUUGUCUGCAUUUUGAAGAGGCUGCGUGGGAAAGAUGAUGUCAUUCAUGCUGGAAUAGCUGGAUGUUGCACUGGACUUGCUCUAAGUUUUCCAGGUGCACCCCAGGCUCUUCUACAGAGUUGUCUCACGUUUGGAGCAUUAUCAUUUGUUGUUGAAUGGCGGCUAAACAAGCAGCAGCCAGCUCUGGCACACCCGUUUUCUGUGAAAAAUAACAUGGCACGCUACAAGGGGCCUCAGCCCUUGGCAUUACCCCUUGCACUCCCUAUCCCAGAGGAACUCAAAGGUGCCUUCUCAUCCUUCUGCACGUCCUUAAUGAAACACAAAAAGGGCAGGUUCCCCACGGCUCACUGACGAUCUUGGAGACCAGUCAUAUUAAAUUUACAUUACAUUAUAUUCUGUAGCAUGAAAGUUUCAAGAUGAUGUGCCCUGCACCUUAAAAUUUAUUUGUUCAGAUUCUGAAGCUUGUUGAUUGCUUCAUGUUCUGGUAAUUCCAAGUGCUUUCUUGAAUAUAUUGCAGCCAUGUUU